AUGCCGAACCUCUCCAUCCUCAAGCCGUCGUGGCGGGGCCUCUCGAACAUAAACAAUUUGAUAAUAUUCGGUGACUCGUAUUCAGAUGUAGGCUAUCGACCGCGAACUUCCCCUCAUCCUACAGAAGAUCAGCCCCUCGGUGUCGAAUUUCCGGGCGUGACUUGGUCUGGGCCUGAUGCCUCUAAUUGGGUCGGAUCUCUGAUCACAGAGUAUAUCACCCACGGACCUGUGCUGGUAUACGACUACGCCGUAGGAGGCGAUACGGUCGCUGGCGUCCAUGACCAAAUCCGUAUCGGAUUCCUGCCGGAAGUAGGCAAGAGACCCGAAUGGGCUCCAUGGUCCCCCACAGAUACUUUAUUUGUGACAUGGGUGGGCAUCAACGAUUGUGGAUGGCCGGAAGAGGAUGUAGCAAGAGAGGCUGUGAAGCAGCUUUUCGAGGAACAAGAGCUUAUCUACGAAGCAGGCGCGCGCAAUUUUCUCUUAGUUGAUGUUCCGCCCGUCCAUCUUUCACCCGUCGGUCGUGCCGUCUCAGCAGAUGGCCUCACAUACCGAGCUUGGAACACUCAGCUGCAAGAAAGUGUGGCGCAGUUCUCUGCUUCUCAUCCAGAAGUCUCCAUCUUCAUAUUCUCGUCCUGGGAUACAUUCAAGCGUGUUCUACACAAUCCUAUCUCACACGGCUUCUCCUUUGAAGAUGUGUCCAAGAGAGAUGGCCAGAUAUGGGUCGACCACCUGCACCCGACAAGUCAGAUGCACGACUGGAUCGCUCGCGACAUGGCAGAAUUCUUGUACGCACAGCCCCCACACAAGAACAAGGAGGGUGAGUAAGAUUGCAUCAAUAGGUUCCUCACACAUUGCUCGGAGGUAUAGGUGUCAAAUACACGGAUGUGGAUUUUUUUUGCGGUGAAAGGCCGGGAUUUAGGGAAUACAUUUUGUCUCGCA